UCAUCGAUACUGUCGGCGCUGUUUCGUACGCACGAGUGCGAGGGGACUAUACUCCUCGACGGGGUCGACACCAAACAGAUAGGUCUACACGACUUGCGCCGACACGUGUCGAUCAUACCUCAAGAACCCAUAGCUUUCAUCGGUUCGCUCCGCAAGAAUUUGGACCCCUUUUCGGAGCACUCGGAUCAGGAGGUGUGGGCGGCGCUGGACGAGGUGCAGCUCCGGGAGGCGGUCAUGGAAAUGCCCGGUCAACUGGCCUACGAGUUGAGCGAAGGGGGCGGUAAUCUGAGCGUAGGUCAGCGGCAGUUGAUAUGCCUGUCCCGGGCUAUACUCAGGAGGAACCGGAUCCUAGUGUUAGACGAGGCGACCGCUAAUGUCGACCACAAAACCGAUGCAUUGAUUCAACGGACGAUUCGCCACAACUUCGCCGACUGUACGGUCGUUACGAUCGCUCACAGACUCAACACUAUUAUCGACUCCGAUCGGGUGCUGGUGAUGGACGCCGGGAGGGUCAGGGAGUUUGAUAGGCCCUAUAGAUUGCUGCAAAAUCCGAACGGAAUGUUCUAUAAGUUGGUGAGAGAGACGGGUCAACCCAUGGCCGGGGAGCUCAUGGCAGCCGCUAAGCGUGCAUCCGUGGGAACGGAUGCUUACAGUGACGUAUGGCUGUGUAAGGCCAGCCAACUCGUACGGGACGGGAACGGUUACUUCGUGGACGCCUACAUGGCCUGCAAAAUGACAUCCAUUGAGACCUUUUCGUACGACGAGGUCCGCGGGAUAUCACUGCCGGUGGACAUCACUGUCGGCCGACUACUCAAAGAGGGCGACGCCCACAACGGCCUGACCCACGAGAAUAUAGUCAUCUGCGAAGAGGUCCUGUAUGUGAGUCAACCCAUUGAGACACCGGCUUCCCAUUCAUGCGAUGCCUCCUAUUCGUCGAGUUAUGCGACGGAGACCUCAGGAAAUGGAUCGACAGGAAGGUCAACAAAAAACUUUCGGAACGGGAGUCUCACCAGUGGUUCAAACAGGUGA